UGUCAAAAACCAAUGGUGCAUUUUCUUUCACUUUUGUUUUGUUUUUUCUUUCCAUUUGUUUGCUCCUAUUUACAUAGAAUCUUUUGUGGGCCGACGUCGCCGUAAUAUUUCUCCAGCCCCGCUGUUGAGAUUUUACUUUAUCGUUGUACCAUUGUACUUUAGUAUUUACUUAUCAUUUCCCAAUCACCCGAAUCUCUUAAACGAAAAUUUAGCAAAGAGAAUUGCUGAAAGGCAUAUUUUUAUAUAAACAAAUUGUAAACAUUUCUUCAAAAUUAAAUUGCAAGUCGAUAUAAUGGCCACAAGCAACACGGACACUGGUGAUACCACAAUAAUUGCGUCCUCAACUGAAAUACAGGGCGGGGAACCAACACCAUUGGAUGUCGUGGCCCCACGCGAAGCACUUAUAACGACUGCUGUAAACUUUUUACAAAAUGCCAAAGUACGGCACACAUCUCUAAUGCAGAAACGGCAAUUUCUGCAAUCGAAAGGCUUAACUAACGAAGAAGUUGAAAUUGCCUGCCGGCGUGCUGGUGCCUUUAGGGAUGAUCCCAACACGUCGCCUACAGUAAUUAAUAUGGGUAUCAGUAGUUCGGCGUAUCCGCAAUUAGCCUUGCAGCCAAGACAAAGCGCUUUCGGACGCAUCAAAGAAGUUUUGCAUAAUUUGGCACUCAUCAGUGGUGUUGCAUAUGCGAUUUACCUGUUUUGGAAGAAAUACGUUGAGCCCUACCUAUUUGGCAAGAAAAAGAAGAAACCGGUAGAUGACGCACUCGAAGAUAUUGACAAAAAGGUCGAUUCACGUCUCGAAGAAGUAAGUGGGGAACUUGCAAGAAUUAAGGAACAAAUGCAAGAACAACAGCGUGAACAACGUCAGAGUCUAAAUCAAGAAUUCAACGUUUUUCGCAGCGAUUUAGAGGCUAUUAAAGGAUUACUGCUCAAUCGCAAACAAUUUGCAGCCCCUCUUUCUACUGGUCCUGCUUCAAUACCCGCUUGGCAGCUGGCGGCCACUCCACAUCGCUUACACACCCAUUUAUCACAUUCAGAUGAUAACGAAAAAGUCGAUGAUGCUGGCUCCGGGUCAGGUUCAUCUGAAACAGAAGUGGUCACUAAGAAUAGUGAUUCUAGUUUGGAAAUGAUGUAGAAGUCUGCAUUCUUCUACACCUUAUGCUGCUGCUUUGUGGAAGAUAUGCAACAGUAACGCAAAAUACCCAGUAGCUUAUGCAGAUCAGAAUAAGUUAAAAAAUUAACAAAUAUAUUGUGUAGAGUUCAAUAGCGACAACCGCAACACACAUGCUAAUAGCUAAAUAUACAUAUGGUAUUUGGCCAUGAAAGCGCGAAUCUACAUAUAUGUAUAUGGAUAUACUACCGAUGUCUUAACCAAGCGUAUGAAACUUUGGAGGUUGAAGUAAAAACUUAGUGCUCCACUUACCGCUGCAAAAAAUUACUUUCCUAUUCGCUUUUAUGUAUCUGAAGAUAUUUGGCUUGCCAACACUGAACUUAUCCAACCACGGCAAAUCAGCGUAAAAAUUUCAAAUUCGUAUUCUAAUCUCCAAUUA